ACUCGAGGGCGGGGGGCACGUCGUACUAGUCGGCCGUAACCCCCCUUCCUGGUGCGACAUGACUUGAGAAAACGCAAGGAAGAAAAGCGUUUGCGGCAGGAGCGAAAGAAACAACCGAGUAACCCUGAACGCGUUAGCGAAGUUGUUUGUGCUGUAAAGGGCAGGGAUCUGUCAUCUGGCAUGGAACAGCAUCCAGAGCAUGCGCUUGGAACAAGAACUGAUGAUGUUUCACUGAUUGAAGGAAUAAGCAAUCAGGUUCUUCUGACUAUAACAAUCACCAUUACGAUGCUAGGCAGUUUGGUAACAUUCCUGUAUAGAAACGAGCAGCAAAACAUCCACCCCGAGAAUCAGGAACAUGUAAGGGAGCUCCGACAACAUCUCCAAGCUGAGGCUUUAAAUUCCCAGAAUGGAUUUGAAAGCAGUCGUCACCAGUUCUACACUGAUACGUCCUGUCCAAUUUGCUUACAGCUGGCUGUAUUCCCUGUUGAAACCAACUGUGGCCACCUUUUUUGUGGAUCCUGCAUUGUUGCAUAUUGGAAAUAUGGAACUUGGUUGGGAGCUGUAAAUUGCCCCAUUUGUAGGCAAAUGGUCACCUUGUUGUUUCCGUUGUUCACAAUGAAUGACCAACAUCCAGAGUCGACACAAAUUAUUCAAGAUGUAAAUGAUUAUAACAGAAGAUUUUCUGGUCAGCCCAGAUCUCUUAUGGAUCGCAUAAUGGAUCUACCCACGCUACUGCGCCAUGCCUUUACAGAACUGUUUUCCAUCAGUGGUCUUUUCUGGAUGUUUCGAAUACGAAUUUUCCUUUGCCUGGCGGGUGCCUUAUUUUACUUAGCAUCACCACUGGACUUUAUUCCUGAGGCCUUCUUUGGAAUUCUAGGAUUUCUGGAUGACCUUUUUGUUAUUUUUCUACUUCUCAUCUAUAUUUCCAUUAUGUAUCGGGAGGCAGUGACUCAGAGAUUAAAUAGAUGAAAUGUUCCUAUUAAAAUGAUUGCAACUAAGUUAAAAUGCAUGUUUUUCUGUAAAGGACUUCCUACUUAUGAUGAGCAGGUUAUUCUGUUGCAAACUAAUGCAAGUCUAAUUGAAAUAGCUAAGGAAAUAUGAAGCUCUAUUAUACUAAGAAUCACUGAGAACUGGAGAUCAUUGAAUGAGAUAUAAUUAAGGUGUCAAUUUGGGGCCUAUAGUCAUUUUUUGUUAAUGUGAGAUUUGGUUACAUGAAAACUCAAUUGGUAGGAAAUUGUAGUUAGAUUUCUUGUUUUCACCUUGUAUAUAAAAACUAGAAUUGAAUAUUAUAUGUACAGUUAGGAAUUUUAAUAUUAAAGCAAAAGCCAUUAUUGUAAAUAGCAGUGUGUUUUUGUACCUGUUUUCUACAAAGUUUUAUUUUAUUGGAUACUGUUGCAAUAAUUUUGGAUUUCAGCCAUGUAGCAAACUGAACAAUUGGCUUAUUAAAAAUAUUGAUUUGUACUUAAAUCACCAGUCUUUCUCUAGAAAGCACUAUUUUCAUAACCUAAUCCUCACAAAUAAAGAUAUGCAUGCAUUGGAGAUGCUUAACUGUGAAACAGUUGAAAGAUGGGGUACAGUAGUUAUGGAGAUUGACAUGAGAAAUGGUAUAAUAGUAUGCUGAAUUUAGGGUAUUAUUUACCCUAUGGUUGUUAAGAGUGGGAGAUUUAAGCUUUGAAGAUAAAGAUGGCAAAUUGAUUUAUUAUUCUAACAUGAAAUGUAAUGGAAAACUUGUUUUGCAUGCCAUCUUUACAAACUAAAUCAUUGACAUUACAUUGAAGUACAAGGUAAAGCAAUAAUGAUGCAGAAUGAUGUUACAGUACUGAAGUGCAGUCCAGGUAGACAGCACAAGGCCACAAUGAUGUAGGUUCCAUCUUAUGUUACUAGGGAACCAUUCAAUAGUGUUCCAACAGCAGGAUAGAAGCUGACUUUGAGCCUUGUUGUAUGUGUUCUCAGGCUUUUGUAUCUUUUGUCUAAUGGGAGGGCAGGAAAGAGUACAGGUUAGUGAAGUACUCUACCUUCCUGAACUUAACUAAUAUAGGGAUCUAAUCUUAAAAAUUGCAGUAAUGAUAAGUUACUGCUAUUAAUAUUUUAGCUUUGAAUUGGAAAAACAACUCAAUCCAGAUAGCAAUGAAGCCUUGGCAAGACUUACAAAGACAAUGUACAAUAACAUCUGAGCAAAGCUAUAGUUCCUCUGGUCUUUAGAUGCAGGUGCAAUGAAAGGAGAAUUCAAAAAUCCUUUAAUCUCUCCCAGACCUAGGAUUCCAUCCCCAAGCAAUGUUUAGCUGUACUUUUUCCUAUCUGGUGCACUGCAUUCAAAAGCCAGUAUUGUUUCCACAUCCUUGGAGAAACUGGUGUACAGAAGACCUUUGUCCAGUCUUUAGGAUCAACUUUAAUAUUUCCUACUGUAACAAGGAGUAAUGCAAGUGUCUUUCAUUUGUAAAAACUCAAAUUUCAUAAUAUAAUGAUACAGGCAGAAGAAUUAAGUCCUAGCUGUAACUUUUAGUUCUACUUUCUCCAUUAAUACAGCUUGACAGUAAUUAGUUUUACUAUUACUGUAACAGCUGCCACUACCCAUAUAACCUGGCUCUCAAAGAUACUCCCUUCUAUCCAUCCCCUGCUUCUAACAGUUUGCUGCAACAGGAAAAUUUAAGGUUUUACAGUUAAUGUUUCAAAUCAAAGGUCCUUGUUUUUCUUCAAAAGAUGCUGCCUGACUUGUGCUAUUUAAUUUCAUUUUAUUUCAGAUUUGCAGCCUUUGCAAUUUUACAUUUUAUUCACAUGCAGGACAUAAGCUUUAGAAUAGUAAAACAUUUCAGCAUGUAUUAAAAUGCCUCAAAACUAGCUGGCAAAUACCAAUGUUCUAUAAAAUAUUAGAAAUUCAUAUUACAGAUUAUAUAGAAACAU